AUGAACAUCUUCCGGCGGAAGCGCAAAGUUCUGGUAUUCUUGUUCACCUUCCUGAUGGGCACACUUCUGGGCUUUAGUCUCUCACAGAUGAUGCUGCAAUCGUGUUGGCACUCAGAUGAUAAUGCCGGACACCCCACCAGCAUGGCCAGAUAUGCCGAACACCUAACUGUGCAGACUGGAAUCAACAAUCCCGCCGAUGAGGACCCACCGCUAGCCACCAAGUUGUAUAAGGAGACGAAGGUGCUGUGCAUGAUCCUGACGAGUCCGAAAUCGCAUCAGAGCCGUGCUCUGCACGUGAAGAGGACGUGGGGCGCACGAUGCAACAAAUUGCUAUUCAUGAGCACAAAAACGGACAAGGAUCUGCCCAUUGUGGCUCUAAACGUGACGGAGGGUUAUUGGAGCCUAUGGGGCAAGACGCGAGAGAGUUUUAGAUAUGUUUACGAGCGUUAUUUUAGGGACUAUGACUGGUUCCUGAAGGCAGAUGAUGACACAUAUGUGGUUGUGGAAAAUUUGCGUGCUUUUCUCUAUGCCUAUACCGCAAGGGCGCCCGUAUACUUUGGCAAGAAAUUGAGAAACAAACAAACGAUGUACAUGUCAGGUGGUGCUGGCUAUGUGUUGAGCAAGGCGGCUUUGGAGCGUUUCGUCACUAAGGCCUAUCGAAAUGGCAGUAUUUGUAAAAACACGAAAACGGGCUUUGAGGACCUCGAACUGGGUCGCUGCCUAAGGAAUGUUGGUGUCGUGAGAGGAUCUUCACUUAACAAGCAAGGCGUUCAGCUCUUCCAACCCUUCCCACCCACGCGUCGUGAUAUUUCGUGGCAUAGUCGCAAAUUCUGUUGCCCCGAGCUUGUGAUUUCAUUUCAUUACAGCAAGCCCAGUGAUUUUUAUGUCCUGGACUACGCCAUUUAUAAGCUAUGGCCGUUUGGCUUGCCUCGGCGGACGGAGGAAUUACCGGAGAAAAAACAAAUGCUAGACAUUUUAAGAAAGUGGAGAGAAGACGACGAUAGAAUGUAG